AUGGAACGGGCAUUGCAGGCUCAACAGGGAAGACGACGUAUCCUGCAGCCAGAUGGCGCUGCGAUUCCUUGGGAGAUUUUUUGGACAGAUUAUUAUAAGGAAUACUUUUCUAAUUCAGUCAGAAAUGCCAAGGAGCUUGAAUUGAUGCAAUUAAAGCAGGGCCAGAUGACUGUUACUAAGUAUACUUGCAGGUUUGAGAAGUUAUGUCGCUUUUCUUGUAUCUGUCAAGGUGCGCCUGAAGAUUUUGCUGAGUGGAAGUGUAUUAAGUAUGAGGGAGGUCUUCGGAGCGAUAUUCUGGGUUUUGUUGCACCAAUGGAGAUCAGAGUGUUUUCUGAAUUGGUGAAUAAGAGUAGGGUGGCUGAGGAAUGUGUGAGGAAGGUGGCAGCAGAAAAAGGAAGACUGAGGGGAAGAAGGUUUGGAAAGCAGCCACAGCAGGAUUUGAAUUGUCAGAGGUGCGGGAAGUAUCACCCUGGAGUACCGUGCCGAUCAGGGCUUGGAGUAUGUUAUUUUUGUGGACAGCCUGGGCAUUUGGCCAAUAAUUAUUCGGAGAAGAAGAAGUAUGAAAUUGGUAGAGUACAGCAGCCAGGGAGAGUGUACACCACUUCUGCAGCAGGCGCUGCAGGAUCUGAGACACUAAUUAGAGGAGAAACUCAUUCAUUUAUUUCAUUUGAAAAGGCUAAUGAGUUAGGAUUGAGAAUGGUGGUUUUAGCAUAUAAUUUGAAAGUGCAUAAUGCUACUCAUGAAGCUAUAGUAACUAGGUUAGGAUGUCCACAAGUUCCAUUUCGAAUACAACGUGAGUUUGUGCAUGAUUUUAUUUGUUUGCCGAUGGAUGGUCUUGAUCUCAUUUUGGGAUUGGAUUGGUUAUCCAAGAAUCAUGUUUUGCUUGAUUGUUCUGAAAAGUCAGUACAGUUUAUGCCGGAAGGGUCAGAAGCGCCGGUUGUGGUGAACAGUUACUAUUUGAACUCUAUGAUAGUAAAUUGUUCUGGAAUUGAAUGUCAGGGCAUUAUGCUAUUAACUGCGAGAGUAUCAGGUGAUGAUCAGAGUUUAGAGCAAAUUCCAAUUGUAUGUGAAUUUUCAGAUGUAUUUCCGGAUGAUAUUAAUGAAUUUCCACCUAACCGAGAGGUUGAAUUCGCAAUUGAGUUGGUACCUGGAGCCAGUCCGAUUUCGAUUACUCCUUACAGAAUGUCACUUUUAGAAAUGACUGAACUGAAGGCUCAGCUAGAAGAUCUGUUGGUGUUACUGGUAAUGAAGAAGGAUAGGAGUAUGCGCUUGUGCAUCGAUUAUCGGCAAUUGAAUAAGAUCACUGUGAAUAAUAAAUAUCUGCUACCUAGAAUCGAUGACCUAAUGGAUCAGUUACAAGGUGCCGGUGUAUUUUCUAAGAUUGAUUUGCGAUCUGGGUAUCAUCAGAUAAGAGUUAGGGAUGAAGAUAUUCCGAAAACUGCUUUCAGGACACGUUAUAGUCAUUAUGAGUAUACGCUGAUGUCUUUUGGAUUCACUAAUGCUCUGGCAGUAUUCAUGGAUUAUAUGAACAGGAUUUUCCGGCCAUACCUGGACAAGUUUGUCAUUGUCUUCAUUGAUGAUAUUCUUGUUUACUCUAAGAUUGAUGAGGAGCAUGCUGAUCAUUUGCGAACUGUGCUGUAA